UUUUUUAAAAGAACAAAAUGCAGUAUUCACAAUUAUUAUUGCUCUUAGUGGGUGCAGUUUUAUGCCAAAAUGAAGAUCAAAUAAUUAGGAACGACUUUGAUGGCCCUCAUCCUGACGGCUCUUACAGAUGGGCUCUACAGACUGAUGGUGGUAUUUACCAUGAGCAGCGUGGAGUACAGUCAAAUGGGCUGGUGGUGGAAGGACAAUAUCAAUAUACCGCGCCUGAUGGACAGAUAAUCCACGUGUUGUACAAAGCGGACGAACAUGGAUUCCACGCUGAAGGCGCGCACAUACCUACACCCCCACCUAUACCCCCAGCGAUACAAAGAGCGUUGGAUUACCUCGCCACUAUACCCCCACAUACACAGUAAUGGCGGCUUUGGCUUGAGAUGGCGAACUUUUAAAUGUCAACGCGCAUUUUUCUAAGGACAUUUCGUUUCUCUUCUAAAAUUAUACCUACAUUUUUAAUAGUGUGUAAUUUGUUAUUAGUGACGUGCACAAUAUUGUCGUAUUUAAUUCGCCAUCAUUAUUUUUUCAAAAUCUCUUUCUCAUCCCAGUCAUCUACAAAACAAAAGAUAAUUGUUUUAAAGGAAGAUUUUGGUCUUAGAAACCCUAUUUACAUUGUGUACAUGCAAGUGAUUAAAGUUGGAGUAUGUCAAACUUACGAUUGAAAUAAAGAUAAGGGUUCCCAGAGAAUUACACUGCGUCAAACUUAUUUGUCUCGGUGCGUGUGCCACGAGAUUCUUCUACUGUAUCUGUCUUUUCCUAACAAAACUAAGUAACAACCUAAUUAUUUGUACUCGUAUUAAGCAAAUUGUAAAUAUAUUUUUAAUCUACCUCAGUUUAAUCAACACUAGUCUAUGUGAAACAAUAUAUUGAUUGAAAAAU